AAAACACACCACCACAAAGAGAGAGAGGAGAGGACUCCCCAGAACGAAAUUGAGGGAUUCCUCCUCUUCUUCCUGGUCGGUUAGUUGACUCACUGAACUGCAAGCAAAUAAGAUUAGGGUUUUCUAGGGUUUUAUCUUCAAUCCAUCUGAUGUUAUUUCACUUUCACUUCAACCAAUGUCACUUUUCAUCAGGUGGUGUUUCUUUUAGGGUUUUCAUCAAUCCAAGACGCACACCAGCAGCAGUUGUUGGUAAAUAACAUUAGUAAUUUAGAAAGAAAAAAACGAAAAAUGUCACCGGCCGCGAUUACCGGAGCGUCUAGUGCUCCUCUGAAGAACGGAAUUCCUCCUAAAGAACUCCUCGAUGAUCUCUGCAGUCGAUUUGUUCUGAAUGUGCCAGAGGAGGAUCAGCAGUCAUUUGAGAGGAUUUUAUUUCUUGUGGAGUAUGCACAUUGGUUCUAUGAGGACAAUUCCGUAGAAAAGAAUCCGUCAUUGAAAUCAUUUACUCUGAAGGAAUUUACGUCAUUAAUGUUUAACAGUUGUGAUGUCUUGAAGCCUUAUGUUCCCCAUAUAGAUGACAUAUUUAAAGAUUUCACAUCAUACAAGGUCCGAGUUCCUGUCACUGGGGCAAUUAUUUUGGAUCAAACAUAUGAAAGGUGUGUACUUGUGAAAGGGUGGAAGGGAACAAGCUGGAGUUUUCCAAGAGGGAAAAAGAACAAAGACGAGGAAGACCAUACUUGUGCUAUCAGAGAAGUUCUGGAAGAAACAGGAUUUGAUGUUUCAAAGCUUAUUAACAAAGACGAGUAUAUCGAAAUGAUAUUUGGCCCACAGAGGGUACGGCUCUACAUAGUUGGAGGCGUGAAAGAUGAUACAGAAUUUGCCCCUCGGACCAAAAAGGAGAUCAGUGAAAUUGCAUGGCAGCGGCUUGAUGAACUUCAACCAGUAAAUGGAGAUGUAAUAUCACAUAGUGUAACUGGUCUUAAGCUGUACAUGGUUGCUCCAUUUUUGAAAUCCUUGAGAUCAUGGUGUUCCUUGCAUCAGCCCCCAAUAUCGCCAAAACUAGAUGCACCUGCAAGAGAUUUAUAUUUUAAAAGGAGCUAGUCAUAAUCUGCAGAACUUUCUCUCUUCAUCCCAAAUACGUGCAACGUUUUCCAUUUUGGGUUGUCCAAAAAUAUGAAACCUUUACUAUUUCUGGUAAGUUUUCAAGCCUAAUUUACUUCUUUUUGCCAAGUAAUAAUAAAUAGUUGUAAUAAAUACAUUUGAUUUGGGUCCAGAAGUAGCCUCUUAUUUCCACCUAUUAAAGGGUAUUUUAAGGGGAUUGCUAUAUGCACCCCUAUUAAGGUCAGAUCAUGCAUUGAAAAUGUGUGCGGGCAGAAAAUUAAUAGAUAAAGGGUGCAUUUAUCCCCCUCUAUUUUAAAGUGAAAGUCUGAUUCUUUCGGUUAUCUGGUUUAAUCGAGUAAAAUUAGCGAGUGAAUGAUUUCUUUUUCUUUUUGAAAUGUUGUUG